AUGCCGCCAGAACGCUCUAAUGUGCCAGUGAAGCUGUCCCUGCCACUGCAAUACCAGCAGGAGCUCUUCACCGAACUACGCGCCGAAGAUGAGCUUGUUGUCCUUGCCCGCGGCUUAGGCCUUUUGCAUUUAAUAACCAAUCUUCUACAUUUUUACGAUGCCGCGGGGAACAACCUGGUCUUAGUGGUGGGUGCAGACGAACGUGAGAAUGAAUGGAUUGGAGAGGCAUUGGCGGAGCACUAUGCUACCAGCAAGUCCCCGCUUGCUAGGGGUCUGAAAGUGAUCAAUACCGAGAAAGCUACAGUCUCGAUGCGAGAGAAGAUAUAUGCCGAAGGUGGUAUUCUGAGUGUGACAUCCAGAAUACUUGUUGUGGACUUGUUAUCGAAGCUUCUUGAUCCGGAGAAGGUCACUGGGAUGAUUAUUCUGCAUGCUGAUAAAGUUUUGGCAACGUCCCUUGAGGCAUUCAUUAUUCGGAUCUACCGACAAUCGAACAAGUUCGGCUUCUUGAAGGCAUUCUCGGACUCGCCGGAACCCUUCACAACCGGCUUUGCCCCGUUAGCCAACAUGCUGCGCAAUCUUUUCCUACGCAAGGCAUCGUUGUGGCCUCGAUUCCACGUGUCUGUUGCCGAGUCGCUAGAAGGGGAUCGGAAAGCAGAAGUGAUUGAAUUGGAGGUUCCCAUGAGCGACAAAAUGAGGGAAAUCCAGAAUGCCGUUCUGGAAUGUGUAGAGAUCAGUGUCACUGAGCUCAGGAAAAGUAACACCGGCUUGGACAUGGAAGAGUGGACAUUGGACAGUGCUUUGCACAGGAAUUUUGACAUGAUCAUUCGACGUCAACUAGAUCCAAUCUGGCAUCGCGUGAGCUUCAGGACAAGACAAAUUGUCAGCGACCUGACAGACCUACGAGCAGUCCUUCAUGCUUUGCUGAGCUACGAUGCGGUAUCUUUCGUGAAAUAUCUUGAUACUAUCGUAUCCGCGCAUGCUCCGCCUCCCGGCUCCAACAAGCAUAAUUACUCUCCGUGGCUUUUCCUUGAUGCUGCCCACGUCCUUUUCCAAACAGCCAAAGCACGGGUCUAUGAAGGCAAACUAAACAACGAAUUGUCCCACCUUUCAGUGUCAACUACAUUUUCUCCUGAGUUGAAACCGGCUCUAGAAGAACUACCAAAGUGGAACGUUUUAGCAGAUGUUCUUGCAGAAAUCGAACACGAUGCUUACCUUCAUCCCGCGAGUAUGGAUCAAUCGAAUAGCACCAUAUUGAUCAUGUGCAGUGAUCAACGGAUAUGCCGCCAGCUUCGCGAAUAUAUUGGCACCAUGCAUGCAAAUAUUGCUCACCGGUCUGAAGAAUCCGAGGAUAAUGAUGGUCCAAGCGAGGAUAAGCCUUCCGCAGAGCUGAUGAUGCGACGCCGGCUGCGAGACUAUCUCAAUUGGAAGAGGUCGCUCUCGAACGUCAAUAAGAACUUGUCACAGUCAGCGGAGGAUGAUAGAACCGGAAAGCCUUCGGAAUCCCCGGCGCCCCAAACUGCACAUCAAGGACGGCCUCCCCCAAACAAGCGUCGUCGCGUACGUGGCGGCGGCGCAGUCACCUCAGCUGCAGGCCGUGUGCCAAAUAGCAGUGUGCAAACUGAAGUGGAAUUGCCAGGUCAGGUUACCAGCCUGCUGAGCGAGAUCCAGCCCACUGAAAUGGAAGAAACGCAGAAAGAGGAAGUGAUUGUCGAUGAGCUCAAGGACAUGGAAGACUUUUACGAACUGUAUGACAUGAACGAUCUGGUUAUGAUACACCCUUACGAUGGUGAUAUGGAUGAGCACAUACUUGAGGAAGUGCGUCCGCGAUACAUAAUCAUGUACGAACCCGAUGCUGCUUUCAUUCGGCGGGUUGAGGUAUAUCGCAGCUCUCAUUCAGGGCGCAAUGUGAAGGUAUACUUUAUGUACUACGGUGGCUCUGUCGAGGAACAGCGGUACCUCAGUGCUGUUCGACGAGAGAAAGACUCGUUUACAAAGCUGAUCAAAGAGAAAGGGAACAUGGCUGUCACAUUGACGCAUGACAAAAAGGUCGAUGACCCCCAAGAGCAGUUCCUUCGAACGGUCAAUACUCGUAUCGCAGGAGGAGGGCGACUGGCAGCGACUGCAGCCCCGCCUCGCGUUGUAGUAGACGUGCGGGAAUUUCGAAGCGCCUUGCCGUCCCUGUUGCAUGGCAACAAUAUGAUAGUGAUUCCCUGUCAGCUCACCGUGGGCGACUACAUCCUCACACCAGAUAUCUGUGUCGAAAGAAAAUCGAUUCGUGAUCUCAUCAGCUCUCUCAAGAACGGUCGCCUCUACAAUCAGGCAGAGACCAUGCUCCAGUAUUACAAGACUCCGUUGCUGUUGAUUGAGUUUGACCAAAACAAAUCCUUCACUUUUGAUGCCUUCGCCUCCGUCCCAACAGGACCGACAUUUAUGACAGACUACGGUUUCUCGUCCUCUGGUACUGCGACCAGUACUAGCAGCAGCUCUCUCGCCAAUCCUUCGAAUCCGAAGUCCGCUCAGCAUCUACUUGUGCUUCUCACUCUCGCUUUUCCACGACUCAAAAUUGUCUGGUCGUCCUCCCCGUAUCAGACAGCCGAGAUCUUUGCAGAGCUGAAAAAGAAUGCCCAGGAGCCAGAUCCCCUUCGAGCAGUCCAGUAUGGUCUUGAUGUUGACAUCACUGACUCGUCUGGCUCUGCCGAUGUCAUGGCUGCCGCUGGGAUUGAGCACCGUACUUUCAAUCUCCUUCCACAGGAUAUGCUGCGGGCUGUACCAGGGGUGACUCCACAAGCCCUGGAGCGGCUGAUCAUUGAAACAAAUAAUAUCAGCGAGAUCGCCAAUAUGGAAGUGGAGCAGCUUGAUCCCCUGGUGGGCAAGGAAGCUGCACGUAAGAUCGUUGCUUUCUUCCAGAAAAGCGUAUUUGAUUGA